GCAAAAAGUAAUAAUAAUUAUAAAGAAAAAAAUUAUUUAGUAAAAUUUUCUCAUAGAGUUAAAACGAAGUUUAAAACAGGCGAUAAUAAGACAAGUGCAGGAUGUGGGAUUCCUCCGUGUUCCUAAGCACACUAACACCAAAGUUUUAUGUGGCAUUGACUGGAACAUCAAGUCUUAUCUCGGGGUUAAUAUUAAUAUUUGAAUGGUGGUAUUUUCGCAAAUAUGGCACUUCAUUUAUAGAACAAGUAUCAAUUAAUCACAUUAGCCCGUGGAUAAAUGGCAGCGAUACUCAAAAUGAAAAUAACGUCAGUGGAAAUGGAAGCGGAAAUGUUGCAUCCGGAAGCCCCGGCAAUCAAGCUGCCGGAGCAAGCCAACAAAUGCCCGAAUGUAAAGUGUGGCGUAAUCCACUAAACUUGUACCGAGGAGCGGAAUAUCAACGAUUCUUUUGGGCUACAAGCAAAGAGCCUCUUACUUACUAUGACAUGAAUUUGAGCGCACAAGACCACCAAACCUUCUUCACGUGUGAUGGUGAUGCAAGAAAAGAGGAAUAUGAAAUAAUGCAAACGGCAUGGCGUGAACGUAAUCCAGUACAGCGAAUAAAAUCAGCUCAUACUGCACUCGAAAUUAAUCCGGAAUGUGCUUCUGCUUAUAUCUUAUUAGCUGAAGAGGAAGCGACAACCAUAACAGAAGCAGAAAAGAUUCUAAAAACUGCGCUAAAAAUAGCAGAGAUAAAUUACCGACGAUCACAAACAACACAGCACCAAGGACCCAUAGCUGAGGCUAUGCAUCGUAGGGAUCUUAAUGUUCUAAUCUAUAUUAAACGCCGAUUAGCUAUGUGUGCACGAAAACUUGGAAGACUGAAGGAGGCAGCGAAAAUAUUUCGCGAUCUUAGUAAAGAAGUACCUUCUAUCAUGAAUGUACUUAACAUACACGAAAAUCUUAUUGAAACUUUGCUCGAAAUGCAAGCAUAUGCUGACUGUCAAGCAGUUUUAGCUAAGUAUGAUGACAUUUCUUUACCCAAGUCGGCAACAAUUUGCUAUACAUCAGCUUUGUUAAAAGCACGUUCUGUGGCAGAUAAAUUCUCGCCCGAUAUAGCCUCAAAGCGUGGGUUAAAUACUAAUGAGUGUAAUGUGGUAGAAGCGAUACAUCGAGCUGUAGAGUUUAAUCCGCACGUACCGAAAUACUUAUUGGAAACAAAACCAUUUAUUUUACCACCAGAACACAUAUUAAAACGUGGUGAUUCAGAGGCACUUGCGUAUGCCUUUUUCCAUCUGAGGCAUUGGAAAAAUGUAGAGGGAGCAUUAAAUUUACUUCAUUGCACUUGGGAAGGUACGUUUCGUAUGUUACCUUCUCCCUUAGAACGCGGACAUCUAUUUUAUCCAUAUCCCACUUGUACCGAAUGUGCAGACCGCGAAUUGCUACCAGCAUUUCAUGAAGUCUCAGUUUAUCCUAAAAAGGAAUUACCAUUCUUUAUAUUGUUUACAGCCGGACUUUGUUCAUUUACGGCACUUUUAGCUCUACUAACUCAUCAGUAUCCUGACUCUAUGGGUAAGGUAGCACAUAGUUGUCUUAUUUAUAUGGCCUACCCAUUUAUAUUACUAAAAGAACGUAUUGAAGCGCUAUGGCAAUGCAACUUUAUGCAUCAAAUGACACGCGUUUAAAAUUUAUAUUUCUUAAAUGCUAUCGAAGAUACAUACAUAAAUACUUUAAGACACAUUAAUGAAUUUAAAAACAUUCAUCAAUGUUUUAAACCGAUAAGAUUUUUUAUAUGUUAAACGAUAUUAAUAAAGUUUUUUUAAUUGGAUGUUUUUCUUUAAUUUAUUAUUAUUAUUUGUAAUAAUCUGUAAUAUUAUAUUUAGUUACUUGAAGUAACUAUGCAUUAAAUUCAGAGGAUGUAUUACCAUAUCUAAUUCUCUAAAUAAAAUAUAAAUCUAUAAAACUAUA